AUGCAGCAAAUGAUGCUCCAUCAACAACAACUUUCAUUGCAGUGUACUCAUUCAAUUCAACAACAACAGAGGACUGAUGCAGCAUUACAGAAUAUUGAAAGACAAGUGAGUCAACUGGUGUCUGCACAGGGACAAACUCAGUUACAGACCUCAAGCCAGCUGCCUUCCCAAACCAUUCCAAACCCAAGAGGAAAUGUGAGUGCUAUCACUCUAUGGAAUGGGAAAAAUGUUUCUGAGAAUAAACAGGAAGAUUCAGCUGAGCUGCAGAUUCCAGUGGUGGAACAGAAGCAGGCAGAGAUUCAACUACCAUUCCCUCAAAGGUUAGUAAAACCUGGGAAGGGUAAGGCUAUUGAAAAGUCUAAAGAAUUUCAAGAGAUGAUGGAAAUUUUUAGUAGAGUAGAAGUAAACAUCCCUCUACUGAAAGCAAUCAACCACAUUCUAAAGGAUCCAGGAGUUUUUACUAUUCCGUGUAACAUUGGAGAAAUUUUUUUUGAAGAUGCUAUGGUGGAUCUUGGAGCAUCCAUUAAUGUAAUGCCGAAAUCAGUGUUUCAAGCUCUUGGAAUUGGUCCUCUUCAGCCAACAGGGGUUGUGAUCCAAUUGGCAAACCGAAGUUUUGCUCAUCCAUUAGGAGUGAUUGAAGAUGUGUUGGUCAAGGUUAAGGAAUUGAUUUUCCCUGCAGAUUUCUAUGUUUUGGAUAUGGAGGGUGAUGCCUUAUCAAGUCAUGUGCCAAUUAUUUUGGGAAGACCAUUUUUGAAGACAGCAAAGACUAAAAUUGAUGUUCAUGCUGGUACUUUGUCAAUGGAAUUUGGUGAAACUAUAGUUCGUUAUAACAUUUUGGAUGCUAUGAAAUAUCCAGUAGAGAAUCACUCUUUGCUGAGUAUAGAGUUAUUUGAUGAACUGGAAGAUAGGUUAGAUGGUUACUUGCUGGAAUGUGCUACUCUUUUUAAUAACUUUGGAGAUGAUCUGAGUACAGAAUGCAGUGCCAAUUUGGAUCAGUGUGUUUCUGCUUCAGAGACAAAGGAUUAUGAGGAAGUUUGUGUAGUUGAGAUUGAAUCUGGAAAAACACUUCCUUCUAUUUUGCAACCACCAAAGUUGGAGCUGAAAGUUCUUCCGAGCCAUUUGAAAUAUGCUUAUUUAAGGAAGGAUGAACAACUACCGGUUAUUAUUUCCAAAGAUCUUGAUGCUGAACAAGAGGAGAGAUUGUUAAAUGUUUUGAGGCACAAUAAAAAGGCGAUUGGGUGGACUCUCGCGGAUUUGACAGGAAUUAGUUCUUCUAUUUGUACACAUAGGAUUUUGUUGUAA